AUGGAUGCAGCCCUGACCAUCAUAAGGAAAAAUGAGAAGAGACCUGAGCAUGGGGAAGGUGGUGAUGGUGGUGGAGGCAGUGUAGGUUGUCCCAGUCGGCCGGUUGGUGUGACCCGUCAGCCCGUGCUAUGCAGCGUCUGCGCUUGGGCCAGUGAAGUCGAGUCCAGCCGAGGCGGCCAGGUCUGGCGCGGCUCAGGCUUACGGAGGGCGGUGGCCGGCGCCAGGGCGGCCCGUGGAAUCACGGGCCCCCAGGUGCAGCGCCGCCCAGCUCUGGCUCCCGGCCCUGCCGGCCUCCUCCCCUGGCGCUGUGCCCAUGGCGGCCUGUGCCAAGUGGAAGCAGAGGAGAAGCACCUGAAGAUGCUGCGAGACAUGACGGGUCUCCCGCACAACCGAAAGUGUUUCGACUGUGACUAGUGCAGCCCCACCUACGUGAACAUGACGAUCGGCUCCUUUGUCUAUACCUCCUGCUCCGGCAGCCUGAGAGGGUUAAAUCCACCACAUAGGGUGAAAUCUAACUCCAUGACAACAUUCACACAACAGGAAAUUGAAUUGCUGCAAAAACAUGGAAAUGAAGUCUGUAAACAGAUUUGGCUAGGAUUAUUUGAUGAUAGAUCUUCAGCAAUUCCAGACUUCAGAGAUCCACAGAAAGUGAAAGAGUUCCUACAAGAAAAGUAUGAAAAUAAAAGAUGGUACAUCCCUCCAGAACAAGCCAAAGUGGUGGCAUCAGUUCAUGCAUCUAUUUCAGGGUCCUCUGCCAGUAGCACAAGCAGCACACCUGAGGUCAAACCACUGAAGUCUCUUUUAGGAGAUUCAGCACCAGCACUACAUUUAAAUAAGGGCACACCUAGUCAGUCUCCAGUUGUAGGUAGCUCUCAAGGGCAGCAGCAGGAAAAGAAGCAGUUUGACCUUUUAAGUGAUCUUGGCUCAGACAUCUUUGCUGCCCCAGCACCUCAAUCAACAGCUACAGCCAAUUUUGCUAGCUUUGCACAUUUCAACAGUCAUGCAGCUCAGAAUUCUGCAAAUGCAGAUUUUGCAAACUUUGAUGCAUUUGGACAGUCUAGUGGUUCGAGUAAUUUUGGAGGUUUCCCCACAGCGAGUCACUCUCCUUUUCAGCGCCAAACUACAGGUGGAAGUGCUGGAUCAGUAAGUGCUAAUUUUGCUCAUUUUGAUAACUUCCCCAAAUCCUCCAGUGCUAAUUUUGGAACCUUCAAUACUUCCCAGAGUCAUCAAACAGCAUCAGCUAUUAGUAAAGUUUCAAUGAACAAAGCUGGUCUACAGACUACAGACAAAUAUGCAGCACUUGCUAAUUUAGACAAUAUCUUCAGUGCUGGGCAAGGUGGUGAUCAGGGGAGUGGCUUUGGGACCGCAGGUAAAGCUCCCGUUGGUUCUGUGGUUUCAGUUCCCAGUCAGUCAAGUGCAUCCUCAGACAAAUAUGCAGCCCUGGCAGAACUAGACAGCGUUUUCAGCUCUGCAGCCACUUCCAGUAACGCAUAUACUUCCACAAGUAAUGCUAGGAGCAGUGUUUUUGGAACAGUGCCAGUGGGUGCUUUGGCACAGACACAGCCUGCUUCUUCAAGUGUGCCUGCUCCAUUUGGAGCUACGCCUUCCACAAAUCCAUUUGUUGCUGCUGUUGGUCCUUCUGUGGCAUCUUCUACAAGUCCAUUUCAGACCAAUGCCAGAGGAGCAACAGCCGCGACCUUUGGCACCACCUGCAUGAGCAUGCCCGCGGGCUUCGGGACUCGUGCUUCCUAUAGUCUUCCCACCAGCUUCAGCGGCAGCUUCCAGCAGCCUGCCUUCCCAGCCCAAGCAGCUUUCCCUCAACAGACAGCUUUUUCUCAACAGCCCAAUGGUGCAGGUUUUGCAGCAUUUGGACAAACAAAGCCGGUGGUAACCCCUUUUGGUCAAGUUGCAGCCGCUGGAGUAUCUAGUAAUUCUUUUAUGACUGGUUCAUCAACAGGACAGUUUCCAACAGGAAGCUCAUCAGCCAAUCCUUUCUUAUAG